UUUCCUUUCCUCGCUGGAAAUGGACAAGUGCGAGAGCUGUGAGAUAAAUCAAGUGUUCAACGUUCACUAACUUUAGUCACAAACACCGUUUAACUUUAAUCAAAGGCGGGAAAUACACCAGCGCAUAAAUAAUUAGAUCAAGGUGUUGUUUUUAGCCCGCCUGUGUGUGUUUAAGCCGUUUGUUUGAGGCGUAAACAGUGUAAAAGAGUAGUUGAGGGUGGGUUUGACGGUUAUGGCAGCACCGCGACCCAUUAAAGGCAUCCUGAAGAACAAAACCAACACCAAAGCCCCACCAGAAGAACCAGUCCAGGACACUUCAGAACAAGGAGCCCAUACAAACCCUGAAGACGACCUACAGAAGAAGUCACAGAAAUGGGAUGAAAUGAAUAUUCUGGCUACAUAUCAUCCAGCAGAUAAGGACUAUGGGUUAAUGAAGAUUGAUGAACCUAGCACACCGUACCACAGGAUGGUUGGUGAGGACGAGGACGAGGGGGCACUCAGUGACUCAGAUGGGAAUACAGUACUACCUGGAGAUGACCUUGCUAAGAAGCUGGCUGCAGCGGUGGAGGGUGCUGAAUCUCGCUUCAUGAGAGAGCCAGAAGAGGAGAGCAGUGAGGAAGAGGAAGAAGAGGAGUUGAGUCCAGAGGACCAAGUCAGAAAGAAGCAGUUUCAAAUGAUGAGGAAGAUGCAUUAUAAUGAAGGUCUAAACAUCAAACUUGCUCGACAACUUAUUGCCAAUGAACUAGAGGAGGAGGAGGAGGAUGAGGAUGAAGAGAUGAAGGAUGACACCGAGAUGGAGGACAUCACCAUUGACCCCCCACAAGAUGCUGAUUCCUUGGAUUCAUAAGGAUGUGAACAGUUGUCCCUCAAUUCCUGCCUUGUGACAUGAACCCCUUAAACGUGAACAGUGAUGUCACUGGUGAAGCUCCAUCCUGUGUAUUCCACCAACACUGCAAUGCCAUGCAUAUCAUUUGGCCCCUUUAUUUGCCAAACCUUUAUUGUCAUCAUGCUAAGAAACAAGACUGUUAUCAGACAGUUACAGGCUGGACUCCACCCUCUUCAUAUGCCCAGAGAGCUGCCUAACUGCCACUCAACGGAAACGUACGCUUGUGCCCAGCGCUGCUGUUUUCAUACACCUGAUCUCUUGAUUUGACCAUUGACUUCCACAAUGAAACCAUAUUGUUUCUUUUAUUUCCAAACACAGUGUUAUUAAUCAAUUUAUUUAAAUGAUUUUGAAGAGAUAGCUCACUCAAAAAACAAAUGGGUGUUUUAGCACAUACUGGCUUUACAUUGAUGCUGAAAUUUGAGGUUAAAAUCAAGGGGACUGAUGUGGCCUUGGACUUUUGAUUCUGGCACACACAAAGCCUGUGAAAAACCGCUCAUAUGAGCUCUACUGUAUGCAUGGCUUCAGAAACCAUGUUUUAUUACAUUGGCACUAAUUGUAUCUCUGUCCUACAUAUGAAUUAAUGGGUGAAUAUUACUUAACUAACUGUAAAACUACUGAUGAGUAGACUGAAUCCUUUGGUCGUCUCACUUGCUUUUCAUAAACUAUGACAACAGCUUAAAUGGAUGCUAAACUUUCUUUUUUUUGUGUGUGGCAUCUUUAUUUGUCUGCCUUUUUUAACACCAUUAUGAUGGAAUUAUUUUUUCUGUGAUUAUUAUAUACGGUAAUUGUCCAUCUCACAAUACCAAAUUAAAAGUAAAUGAAAUCAUUUUUUCACAACAGUUCUACUUCUAAAAUUAAAUGGCACCUGUUUUUUUUUCCUGAUGUAUUUUAUCACUUUAAAGUUAUGAAAUUGUGCAUCUCAACAAAUAAGAUUGUAUUUUGCAUAGAGAAAAUGAAGCUCAAGUUUGUUUGUUUUUCUAACUGUGACAGUUUUUAGACAAUUAAGCACAUUUUUCCUCUUUAAUUCUAAUUACUCUAAUGCAAAUUAAUCUAUAUUUAAAUGACAAGCAUUUUAGUCAUUUUUUUCCUUGCAUUGCGUCUUUAAUAUAUGAUGAUUUUAAUAAAAAAAGAACUGUAUAAAUAUAUGAUACAAACAAUUGCUUUAUUACAGAUAAUUACACAAAAAAAUCAAAAGAAAAAUGACUAAUAAAAUUUUGUCAUGAAAAUGUCACAAUACAAAGGAUUUUAUUGGUCCUAUAAAUAGGUUUCUUUGAUUUUGGGGUGAGAGAUGGACACAUUUUCAUGAGAUUCACCCAAAAUAACAUGAUUACUUUUUGAAAAAGUUACAUUGCCUUUAAUUUAUUAUGGUUGUAAGAAAAUUUUACAGCAAUUUUACUAUAAUACAAAAAAUACUGUAUUACAGUUGUGAAAAUGACACAAAAUAAAAAACAUCCAUAGGUGUUACCGGAACAUAAAUGAGAAUUUGGGGGGGAAAUUAAACAGUAUGUGCUUAAUUGUCAUGAAAAUGUCAAAAAUAGAAUUUCUUCAUUUGAUUGUUUCAGUUUGAAUUUAUUUUUAGACCCUUUUCUGAAUGAUAAGUUUUUUUAAAUGCCACAAUCAGUUAUAAGCUUAGUUUGUGUCAGUGUCUUUUUGUUCCUAUCGGUUUGUGUGCAGAAACACUGAAGCAAUUAUUUCUUAAAGGGUUGUAUAUUGUUAAUAAAUAUCUGAUGGUGUAUUUUACAUGGGUGAAAUGGAGAUGAAAUGCAAUGUAAAUUCAGUGUUGUGAUGUCAGCAAAGUAAAAGUCCUGUACCAUAAAUGCUUAACAGCUUUGGUUAUAUGAAUAUGUUGACCUAACUAAAUUUUUAAAUUUAACUAAAAUUAAUUUUCAUAUAUUGAUAAGAAAUUGGUCUUCCAAUUUGCCUUUCAGGAAUAUCUUUAAAAACUUAAACUCAUUUAAGAUUCACCAUUUUAACCAGUUUGCCCCAAAAUGCUAAAGUUAGCAUUCCUACAUUAAAAGUACUGCCACUGUAACAAAAAAGAAAAUUAACAAAAUGAAACAUUUUUGAAACAUGGUCCCACAAUAAUUAUGAUUUUACAAUACUACAAGAAAUGAAGUUAACUAUCCUGUUACUAUAAGCAUAUUACCCUGAAUAAACAAUGAUGAUGUCUAGCUACUCCAGACUCAAUAAUAACCCGUCCAUCAAAGAUAAAAUAUAUUUACUCAACAAAUAUCAUAUAUGUGAAUUUGUUUUGCAGUGAGUUUUAUUCGUUGUAUAUUUCAACUUCUGAGCGUUACAUCAAAGCCAGCUUGUGUCUCCUGUUGCGCGACUUCAUCAGACUCCUCCAGUGUACAGAUGGGGUGUUAGGAAGUCAAAUAUAGGCCUGUGUCAUAGAUCGAACACUAGAGGACAGCAAUUUACGAUUUAAACUAACAAAGAAAAUAUAAUCUUGAUCCAACGCUAAGUGACAUUUAUUGUAUUGAAGAAAAAAAAAACGUUUCUUUUUUUUAAAGGUGAAAGUCAUUUUUCCUCAUUAAAAAGGUUUAACUCUUAAAGACAUAAAUGGUAAUUUUGCAAGAUAUGUAGGAAAACUACAAAAUUAAGACUCCAGUCAUGUCAGUUACCUUAUAAAAGCUGUUUUAUUCUACAUGGAGAGCGGCCAUUUUAUAAUCACAUGACCAGCCGAAUACUACUCUCUUAAUCUCAGUAACUGUCCUGUUAUUUCACACUUUCACUCAUUAAUUAAAGUAAUCAUGGCUGACUGUGAAUAUUACAUUUCUACAAUGAUAUCUGAAACUGAAAACUAUUGUGAAUGAUGCUGCAUCCAAACCACUAGAUGUCAGUGUGAGUCCAAGAUGAUAAAGACAAAAGUUACUGUACCUUUAAAGCAAUUUCCGUUUUUCACUUUGAAUAAAAGUGUGAAUGAUUAAAUCUGUCAACCUGUAAGAGCAGCUCUUUUUCUGAAAACAAAGUCAAUAUUUGCUGAACAAAUUAAUUUCACAAGUAUGUAAUUAGGAGCUAAUCUGAAGCAAUUGUUAUAUGGAAGCCAUGAAGUGCCAAUUAAAAAAGAAUGAAGAAAUAAAAGAUCAGUCUAUUAAUUUGAAAAUAA